UCAGCGCAGGUUCGCAUGUCAGCGGAACUGUGCGUAUACGAGCACUGUUCAUGACAGCGGGACGCGAAUUCCUUCACGGCGAUACAUUUUCCAGGCCCGCGAUCGACAGGCACCCGGCUGCCGCAACCACUUUUCACGAAUUCCCAUGUCACACGAUUAAAGAGUAGAGAGCGAAGAUGGCGGACGAGGUUGCAACGCCGACGGCGAAUGGGGAUCAUGGCGCCACCUUGGACAUGUGGGAGGUGAGGCAGGUGUUGCUGUCGAGUUCUACAAAGAGGCGAGGCACCGAGCUUCACAACAUUCACGAGAAGCUCGAGAGUGGAGACUUUCCUGCAUCACAAGUUCCCGCACUUCUGCAUACUCUCCUCGAUACCUACCCUCUAUAUAUCGAUGGUCGAUCACGCCAGGCCGUUGAGAGCUGUCUUUCUGCCAUUGCUGCCCUUCCUGAAACCGCGAACGUCUUUGCUGGAUUUGUGAAAGCCAUUGAGGGCGAGUCGGCCAAAGCAGGCAACGCGCCGGGCAAUGCCUUCGUGCUCGUGAGAUGGGCGUCGCUGUUCAUUCAGCACGCAGCAAAAGAGAAAGCAGUAUGGGACUCGUGGGGUUUGAAAGCUGUCACAGCGUUGACCAAUGCUCUGAACACGCUCUUCGCGUCGUCGCCCAAGGAGAGCACGCGAGAUACUGCACUGAGAGUGAGUCGACGUGCUGUCAGGACUGUGGCUCGUGCCGACUUUGGAAGAGAUGCCCUCUCCAAUUGCAUAACCACGCUUUCCGCCAAGGCCAGUGCCCCGGUCCCCAAGAACGCGCUGCCAUUGGGAAUCAUCGCAGGCGUUUGCAGCAGAUUGCCCGAUCACCAAACGGUGGUUGAGGCGAAGAAAGCAGAUUAUUUCGCGUUUUACUUGCGUGAACACCUCGGAUCGAAGGCCCUACUCCCGGCCUACAUUUCGAACGCCCUUCACGAUUUCUUCGAUUCUUAUGUCACGUUAGAGGACCUCAAGAAGGAGUUGGUUCCGGCGAUUGAGAAGUCGCUCUUGCGAGCUCCUGAAAUUGUUCUCAAUGACCUCGUAGCGCCAGUUGUACUGGCAUUACCGACAGACCUGGACCUUUCGGAUGUUCUUGCUGGCAACUUGACAAAGCCACUUCUGGCAAAUGUAAAAUCCACGAAACCGGAGAUCCGUGGAGGCGCGUUGCGCACUUUUAAAGCAGUCGCAUCACGUUCACGGCAAGCUUCUCUGGUGGAGAAGGCUGCCGAUGAAAUCUUGACGCCGCUGAAGACCGGCAAGGUCACUGCGGCAGAACAGCGUGUAAUACAUGCAGAGAUGCUUUCAGCGCUGCAGCCGAAUGUUGCACUGGCGACGAAGAUACCUGCCGGUCUGGUUGCCUUAGCCAGCAAAGAGGCAAACGAAGCUGCUGCGCAAGCCGAGGUUGGCUGUAUCGCCAAAUAUGCUCGCUUUGCACUGGAAAAUGAGGCAAAACUUGAAACUGCCACGAUUGAUGCCUUCGCCAAAGGCGUCGCCGAGAAGCGACUGCCUAUGCGGCGGGUGUGGGCUUUGCAGCUAGGAGACCUCAUCUGGUCAACUUCACCAGAAGCAUCGGGCAAUGAAAGCACACUGGCUUUGCUCGACGCCUGCAUCGGGAAGUUGAUUGACAGUUUUGUCGAAGUCCAGGCGAACCCACUGCCCGCUUUGCAAAACGGGCAGGUAUCUGUCGCAGCUGUAGCCGCUGCACUUUCACUAGCGCGUGCAUCUGCUUUAUCCUCUCUCAAGAAUGCGGCUGUCAUCAAGAAGGCCGCGAUCGGUGACAAAGUUCUGGCACUCGAGCCGAAACCUUCAUUUCUACUCAGCCCGCGUGUGUAUACGAAGCUGACAGCUGAGGAGGAUCUACGCUGGUUCCUUCAUGCCGUUGUUGCGGUCUUUCCCAGCUUGACAUCCAAGCGCCAGAACCGGGCCGUCCCUACUGCAUGGGCUCACGCUCUGAUUUACUUGAUCACCUCGUCAACAGUGCCCGCCAAAGUCAGAGCCGAGGCAAGCAAGUCGCUACAGGGACUCUACGUUGCGAAUGCUGAAUCCACUGCGGAUAUCAUAAUAGAGGCGCUCUGGCAGUGGUGCGAAGAUCUCGAGGCCGACACAAAAGACAGUGCUGCCGUUUCGACCAAGACCGGUCGGGAGGAGCUGCAGAAAGUGGUCAAGGCAAUAUGUCUUGAUUCUGAUACUGCUGCAAAGCUCGGUACCCCAGCUCUGGCUGAUAUCGUUAGCGACCAGUUGAGGAGACUGCUUGUGCUCUGCCGUCCGCAACUUAUUCCCAAGACUUCAUGGAUCCAGACCUGUCUAAGAACAGGCACAGACCCCGGCAAACUCGUGGAAGAGUCAAGCACGAGCUUCCUUGAGCAAAUCUUGAAAGUCACAGAGCAUCCUGUUCGCAAGAUCCUGCCAGCUUUUCAAUUGGCUGCUUAUCAUGCUGCCGCUGAUCUGGCCUUCGUAGCACCCAACAUCUUCACGCCAUUAAUCGUUCAACAGAUCAGUGCUGAUCUGAACCCUGCGCAGCUCAACGACAUUGGCCCAACAGAGGCAGCGAUUUACCGCACCCCUGAAGGCACAGCUUUCAUUGAUGUCCUGUCUAAGCAGUCACAGGCACCACAAAUAAGCAAGAACCAAAAGGACUAUGACACUUUGAAGUGGGAGGAAGAACUCCGGGCACAACUAGCUGCCAAGAAAGGCCAGACCAAGAAGCUCACGGCUGACGAGCAAGCCAAAGUCAAGGCGCAGCUCCAAAAGGAGUCUGAGAUACGGCAAAAGGUGGCGACAGUGGACGCAAAGCUUCGACGUGGCAUUGGUUUCAUCGACGCACUCGCGACCGGACCACCUACUGAGGCCGAAGAAUGGUUUGGACCUUCGGUAAAACUGCUUUUCGAUGUGAUCCGAGCCGGUGCUGGUCUGAUUCUGGGCGAUGCCGCAUCGCUAGGAUACUUACGGUGCUCCGACAAGAUCUCAACACGUCUUGGACCUGUCCGGCCGUUCGUUGGAGUUGCGACUCUUCGGUCUGCCGGCAUCACCAUGUUGCCAGAGAAUCUUCUUGCGGAACCUUUGGGCGAUCUCGUCACUCGCGUGCUAUACCGCCUGAGAUCUCUUGGAGAACAGCGCCCGUUCGACACUGUCUCUCUCAGCUACAUUCUUGCACUCGUGUUCCUGGUACUUGAGAGUGGUGGUAUUGAUCACAGUGCGCCUGAGGACGCGGCUGAGCAGAUCAUGCUUGCAAUAGAAGUCAUCUCUUUCCACACCGAGACUUGCGCCGACCCCAGACUACCUCGUGAAGGACUUCUUGCCACUCUCAUUGGCUCGUUGCAAGCUUAUCCUCAGCACUUCAAGGAGAUCAAGGAUUGUUUUGCAGAUCUCUCACGCCACCUCGCCGCCAACAUGAGCGAGAAAGAAACGGAUACCGUCGUGAGAGGCACGAUCGUGCCAGAGCCAUCAGUACGCAACGCUGUAUUGCAGGCGAUCAGUGCUGAACUCGACCUGACCUACCGUGAAUUUUACGAAGAGAUAUGGCUCGCAUGUCAUGACGAUGAUCAAGAGAAUCUGAACAUCGCCAGUGAGAUCUGGGAAGAGAACGAAUUGAAGCUCGUUGAGGAUGCCGCAGUCAAAUGUCUACCUUAUCUUGAGUCCAAGGAUUCGCAACUAAGGCGCGCAGCAGCGCGUGCUGUUGCAGCGGCUACAAAGGAGCAUCCGAAUACAUUCGGUGAUAUCCUGGGUCGGCUGCAGUCCUCCUACGUGGAAGCUGCCAAACCAAAGAAGCCAGAGCUGGACCGCUACGGCAUGCCACUGAAGAAAGACAUGAGUGAUCCCUGGGAAACCCGACAUGGCAUUGCACUGGCCUUCCGUGAGCUUGCUACAAUCUUCCCCGAGGACCAAAUCACUCCGUUCCUAGCAUUCCUGAUUGAGAGCGGUCCGCUAAGCGACAAGAGCAGUACAGUGCGAGACAGUAUGGUCGAAGCUGCUACAUCCGUGGUAGCCGCUCGCGGCAAAGGCCUCGUUGAACCUCUAAUGAAGCUCUGCGAGGAUACUCUGGGCGUCACAAGCACGACGCCUGAGCAAGAUCUGGUCAACGAAGCUGUUGUCAUUUUGUACGGAGCCUUGGCUCGCCACUUGCCAAAAGGUGACGACCGGUUGCCGAAGGUCGUCAAUAAAUUGCUUUCAACACUGAGCACGCCGUCUGAGUCUGUGCAAUAUGCUGUUGCGCAGUGUCUGCCGCCACUUGUGCGAGCAUCUGCUGAUCAAGCUGCAACCUAUCUUCAACAGCUUGUCGACGAAACCCUGCAUGCCAAGAAGUAUGCCGCACGACGUGGCGCUGCGUAUGGUCUGGCCGGUGUGGUCAAGGGCCGAGGUAUUGCAUUGAUGAAGGAGACUCGAUUGCUCUCUACGCUUCGUAGCGCGACUGAGAACAAGAAGGACACGAACGAGCGCCAAGGAGCCUUCCUGGCUUACGAGUUGCUCUCCCUCCUCUUGGGACGAGUCUUCGAACCGUAUGUCAUUCAAGUUGUGCCGCAGCUCCUUGCUGGGUUCGGCGAUGCCAGUGCAGACGUGAGAGACGCCUGUCUUGAUGCAGCAAAGACCUGCUUUGCGAGCUUAAGCUCCUAUGGAGUCAAGCUCGUCCUGCCACAACUGCUCGAGGGUCUGGAUGAGCAAGCAUGGCGAAGCAAAAAGGGUGCGUGUGACUCGCUUGGAGCCAUGGCGUACUUGGACGCGAACCAGCUGGCUGUUAGCUUGCCCGAGAUCAUUCCGCCCCUUACGGAAGUUCUCAAUGACAGUCACAAGGAGGUGCGACUUGCUGCCAAUCGCAGCUUGCAGCGCUUCGGCGAGGUGAUCGAGAACCCGGAGAUCAAGAGCCAGGUCAGCAUUCUGCUCAAGGCACUCAGCGACCCGACCAAGUACACCGACGAUGCGCUGGACGCACUGAUCAAGAUCAAUUUCUUGCAUUUCAUUGAUGCACCCUCGCUUGCUCUGGUGGUGCGAAUCUUGGAGCGUGGUCUGGGCGACAGAUCUGGCACGAAACGCAAAGCUGCUCAAAUUAUCGGCAGUCUGGCACAUCUCACGGAACGCAAAGAUCUCAUUUCUCAUCUGCCCAUAUUAGUUGCUGGGCUACGCGAAGCUGUUGUGGAUCCGGUCCCUACAACACGUGCCACAGCGUCGAAGGCUCUUGGAUCUACAAUCGAGAAGCUUGGAGAAGAUGCACUGCCUGACCUCAUUCCAAGCUUGAUGACUACACUGAAGUCCGAUACUGGCGCGGGCGAUCGUCUUGGCUCUGCACAGGCGCUCAGUGAGGUCCUUGCUGGUCUCGGUACAGGUCGUCUCGAGGAGACUCUGCCCACCAUUCUCCAGAAUGUUGCAAGCAACAAGGCUUCCGUUCGUGAGGGAUUUAUGUCGCUUUUCAUCUUCUUGCCUGCAUGUUUUGGUCAGAGUUUUGCGAACUACCUUGCUCGCAUCAUUCCCUCAAUUCUUGCUGGACUUGCCGAUGAUGUCGAGUCGAUCAGAGAGACCGCAUUGCGCGCUGGACGCUUGUUGGUCAAGAACUUUGCCAGCAAGUCCGUUGAUCUCCUGCUGCCUGAGCUUGAGCGUGGUCUGGGAGAUGACAGCUAUCGCAUCCGUCUCAGUUCCGUCGAACUCAUUGGUGACUUGCUUUUCAACCUUACUGGAGUCACUGCCACAACUGAGGCUGAAGAUCUGGACGAGGGUGCCAACCAAGCAGGUGCCAACCUUUUGGAAAUCCUCGGUGAAGAGAAGCGCAACAGAGUUCUUGCAGCUCUUUACAUCUGUCGCAUGGAUACCUCUGGAUUGGUCCGAUCAUCCGCUAUGAACGUCUGGAAGGCACUGGUCUCGUCGCCACGCAUUCUCAAAGACCUUAUUCCAAUACUCACACAACUGCUUGUCAAGAGGUUGGCGAGCUCGAAUCCAGAGCAAAAGGUCAUCGCUGGCAAUGCGCUUGGUGAGCUCAUCAGGAAGGCUGGUGAUGGUGUCUUGUCGACGCUCUUGCCCACCCUUGAGGAGCAUCUGCAAUCCUCUUCCAGCACAGACUCUCGCACCGGUAUCUGUAUCGCAUUGCGCGAGCUCAUUGCCGCAUCGACCCAGGACUCUCUGGAAGACCACCAGCAGAGAUUGGUCUCCGUACUGCGCACUGCUCUCGUCGACACGGACGAGGAUGUCCGAGAUGCCGCUGCAGACGCGUUCGACUCUCUGCAGAGACUCAUGGGCAAGCGUGCUAUCGAUCAAGUGCUGCCAUACCUCUUGCAGUUGCUGCGUGACGAGUCAGAGGCCGCCAACGCUCUGCAAGGUCUUUUGACACUGCUCACUGACCUGACGAGAUCAAACAUCAUCCUGCCGAACCUCUUGCCAACAUUGAUCGCAUCGCCAAUUUCAGCUUUCAAUGCACGUGCACUGGCGUCGCUGGCUGAAGUUGCCAGUUCUGCUAUGACAAGGAAGUUGCCCAACAUUCUCAAUGCACUCAUGGACAACAUCAUCACCUGUAAGGACGAGACGCUCAAGGCUGAGCUGGACACCUCGUUCGACACCAUCAUCCUAUCUGUGGACGAGUACGAUGGUCUGAAUACCAUGAUGAGCGUCAUGCUUGGAAUGGCAAAGCACGACGAUCAUCGUAGACGCGCUUCAGCUGACCUGCACUUUGCUGCAUUCUUCGAGAAGGCAGACGUCGACUUCUCUCGCUACUAUCCUGACGUGAUUCGUGCCAUGUUGAUCUCGUUCGACGAUAGUGACAGCGACGUUGUCAAGGCCGCUUGGACUGCACUGUCACAGCUGAUGCAACGACUGAGGAAAGAAGAGAUGGAAUCACUCGUCAGCUCCACGCGACAAACGCUCAACCAGGUUGGUGUUGCUGGGCAUGCACUACCUGGAUUCUCCCUUCCAAAGGGUAUCAACGCCAUUUUGCCUAUCUUCCUACAAGGCUUGAUGAACGGCUCCGCCGAACAGCGCAUCCAAGCAGCGCUGGGUUUGUCGGACCUCAUCGAUCGCACCAGUCCAGAUGGCCUCAAGCCCUUCGUCACGCAGAUUACAGGUCCAUUGAUCCGUGUUGUAUCCGAGCGCUCAGUCGAGCUCAAGGCUGCUAUCCUGCUCACGCUCAACAAUCUCCUCGAGAAGAUCCCUCUCUUCCUCAAGCCAUUCUUGCCGCAGCUGCAGCGCACUUUUGCUAAGUCACUCGCUGAUCCUGGCAGCGAAGUUUUGCGAUCGCGAGCAGCCAAGGCAUUGGGCACUUUGAUCACCAUGACUCCGCGAAUCGACCCUCUCAUUGCAGAAUUGGUGACAGGCUCUAAGACCACCGACAGCGGCGUCAAAAAUGCCAUGCUCAAAGCCCUCUACGAAGUCGUCAGCAAAGCCGGCUCAAAAAUGAGCGAAGUCUCCCAAAACGCAAUCCUCACCCUCAUCGACUCCGACUCCGGUGACGCAGACGACGCACUAAACAUAACCUACGCCAAACUCCUCGGAGCCCUCAUCGCCGUAAUCCCACCCGAAAACACAAUCGGCCUCCUCAAAGCCCGCGUGCUGAACUACAACUUCACCCACUCCACAAUCCUCGCCCUCAACGCCGUCCUCGUCGAAGCCCCCGACCGCUUAACCACCGGUAACCUCGACGAAAUCACCCGCGAAGUCCUAGUCCGAGGCAUCAACCACCCCCAACCCUUCAUCUCCGACAACGCAAUCCUCGCCACAGGAAAAUACCUCUUAACAGAAUCCGGAAACAAAUCCUUCGAAGCCACAAAACCCCUCAUUCAAGCCCUCGCAGACGCUUUACCUUUGGGUAAACCAGUCGACACUCGUCGACUAGCCCUCGUCGUAAUCCGCACCGUCGCACGUCAAACUUCAGAUCUCAUUCGUCCACAUCUAAACCUCCUCGUCACACCGAUUUUCCGCAGCGUCAGGGAUCCUGUCAUCCCAGUGAAACUCUCUGCAGAAGCAGCUUUCUUGCAAAUCUUCGAUGUUGUGGAAGAGGAGAGUGCGGUGUUUGAUAAAUUUUUGGCUUCGUCGGCUGGUCAGGCGUUAGGUGCGCAGGAUAAGAGGAGUAUGCAAGAGUAUUUCAAGAGAAUUGCGUUGAGGUUGAGUAGUCAGGCGAAGGAACGGAAGGCAGCUGAAGGUGGUGCGGGAGGGUUGGGGUUGACGAGUGAUGAGAAGGAGGAUGAGAGGGAGGUUUGGAGUGUUGGGAAAGUGGAUUUGGGGGAGGGGUUUAGUGAUGAUUGAUUAAGACGGAUGAUGGGAUGAGUUGAAGGAAGAGUGUAUAGAUGUAUGCAUGAUGAAACAAAAAAGCGUGUUAGCAUUUUCAUCUGCCUCGUGAAGUUCGAAUACGUUGACGUAGCACCCAGG